UGUAAACACAGGAGACAGACCGACACAGAGCGAUGAGCGUGUUUGGAGGAGAUAGCUGGGCAAGAGAGGCGCAACAGAGGAAGCGGAGAGUGGACGAUCUGGCGGUGGAACAACUUGAUGGGUCUUCGUACAAAAGGCUCUCCAGCGGAAAAUACGCUUGCCUCCUCUGCCCCAACUCUCCCAUCCUCGAUUCCCCUCUCAUGCUCUCCAUGCAUUGCAAGGGAUCAAGCCACCGCGCUACAGAGUUGAAGCUAAAGGAACGAGAGUUGAUGAGACAAGAUGAGAUAAAUAAGCGAAUAGCAUUGUCAGGCUCUUCUAUCGCCACUAAAAUUUCAGGCCUUGAUAAACCAUUGAUUGAACAGUCACGAAAGGUCGCUUCAGAGAUGCAUUGUGACCAAACUCCUCAGCCUCGGCAGAGUACUAGUAAUGCCAACCGUGAUGUACAAUUAAUUCUGGAUCACAUUACGAAUAGGAAUUCUAAUCUGAGUCAACAUAGCUCUUGUCCUUCAAUUGAAGCGGCUGACAAGGUGGUUGGGCGGCAGCAGCAGCAGCAGCAUUUGGAUCUCCGGGAGCGUCGAGAGAGGGAACUAAAGUUUACAGCUGCAGGUUGGAAGCGUGAUGGUCAGGGGAAGUGGUUCAGAGAUGAAAAUGUUGAGUUCGAUUCUGAUGAAGAAGAUCCAAAUAUAUGUCUUGGUUGAAAAUAUUUUGGAAGGCUGCAGCUGAUGCAAUUUGAUCAUCAUGAUGUCUAAUAAAUAAAGAGAUGAAGGGAAUUAAUGGUAGCUAGGAGAUAUUAAAUCAUAUCAUAUUUGAAUGUAUUCAAAUAUGAUUUGAUUUGAUCAUAAAUACAAUACAACCAAAUCCUAUUAUUCAAAUUAAACAAAAUCCUAUAAUAUCUCUAACACCAUGUCUUUUUA